AACCGUGGAAUUAAUUUUUCCCGCAGUUGGCGGCUCUGCGUGCGAGAAGGAGCAUAGAAAUUUCGGGCACGCUUGUGCAUUCGAGGUUAAUCGGCACGGUGUGUGCGAAAAAUUUUUGUAUUUACACUUCAAUUAGAAAGUUACAUAUUUACACCAUGGCUGCGACGAUGCCAAUAAACCCCAAGCCGUUCCUAAACGGUUUGACCGGUAAGCCGGUGAUGGUAAAGUUAAAAUGGGGCCACGAGUACAAGGGCUAUCUCGUCUCGGUCGAUGGGUACAUGAAUCUGCAGCUUGCGAACACCGAGGAGCACAUAGACGGCAACUGCACCGGGAACCUCGGCGAAGUGUUGAUCAGGUGUAACAAUAUUAUGUACAUAAGAGGAGUGGAGGAGUCGGACGAGGAGGGCGAGAUGAAGGAUUGAACCGACGAGAAUCUAAGAUCUUAAUGUAUAUUACCAUUUUGUAUUCUUAAGCAUUAACUUAAUUCAACUAAUAAAACGAGAUCAUUUUAUGUA